AUGGCCACCGAGGCGUCCGGGCUGUCGAACCAGCAUUCGCUGCUGGUCGGCACCUACUGCGGCUCGGUGGCCACUCCCAGUCUGGCGCCCAGUUCCCGGAUCCUGUGUACCCACAGUACUAUUGGAAGAAAUGCCGACGAUGACGGCGACGGCAAGUGCAAUGCCGACGACGACGGCGAUAGUGACAGCGGUGCCGAUGACGACGGCGACGGCAAGUGCAAUGCCGACGACGACGGCGAUAGCGACAGCAGUGCCGACGGCGACAGCAAUAGGGACAGCGGUGCCUACGAUGACGGCGAUAGCGACAGCGGUGUCGGUGACGACGGCGACGGCAAAUGCAAUGUCGACGACGACGGCGAUAGCGACAGCGGUGCCGACGACAACGGCGACGGCAAUAGCGACAGCGGUACCGACGACGACGGCAAUAGCGACAGCGGUGCCGACGACGACUGCGACAGUGACAACGGUGCCGAUGACGAUCGCGACGGCGGUGUCAACAACGGCGACGUCGGAUAUCGUUACACUAAAUGUAUGUUAUAUUGUGUUUGCUGGGAUUUACUACUGUUGAUUGAAGAGGUUAUGUGUGCAUAUAACUAA